ACUGAGCGGGGUUCCUUCGGUGUAAACUGUCUUGCAACCAGUCAGGGCUGUUUUUAGAGGGAUGGGGAAGGCGUCUGAGUUGUUGUCAGUCGUACGAGCUAGCAUGUAGCGAGUCUGUAGCCUUUACUGUAUUUGCAAUAUGAAGAAUGGAAGAAGACGAUGUGACUAUCAGAGAGCAGAAUUUCCACAGCCAAGUCCGAGAGUACAUCAUUUGCUUCCUCCUGUUUGCAGUCCUCUACAUUGUGUCCUACUGCAUCAUAACUCGAUACAAGAGAAAAAGUGUGUCUCACCUUGUAGAUGACCAUGAGGAUGAAGAUGCUGUUGUCAACAGAAUAUCAUUGUACUUGUGUACCUUCACCCUGGCAGUGUCCGGUGGUGCCGUCUUCCUACUGCCUUUCUCAAUCAUUAGUAAUGAGAUCCUCCUAUCCUUCCCCAAAAACUAUUACAUUCAGUGGCUCAAUGGCUCCCUCAUUCAUGGGCUUUGGAACCUUGUGUCGCUGUUCUCCAACCUUUGUCUCUUUGUCCUGAUGCCCUUUGCUUAUUUCUUUUUGGAGUCUGAGGGCUUUGCAGGAUCAAAAAAGGGCAUUAAAGCACGUAUUCUAGAGACAUUUGUGAUGCUCUUCCUGCUUGCAUUGCUCAUCUUGGGCAUUGUGUGGGUGGCAUCAGCUCUCAUUGACAAUGAUGCAGCCAGUAUGGAGUCACUCUAUGAUCUUUGGGAAUUCUAUCUUCCAUACCUCUACUCCUGUAUAUCUUUGAUGGGAGGACUCCUUUUAUUAAUGUGCACGCCUGUGGGAUUGUCCAGAAUGUUCACAGUCAUGGGCCAAUUACUAGUGAAGCCAACAAUCCUGGAGGACCUGGAUGAGCAGAUUUACUGCAUCCAUUUGCAGGAGGAAGCCCUUCAGAGGAGAUUAAACGGAUCAUCAUCUCACACUUAUACCCGAGGAAGCUAUGCUCAUCAGCUCAAAAAAGAACUGGACAAUAUUAUAAGUCAGAGAAAUAAAUUGGAGAGAAGAAAGAAAGCAUCAGGGUGGGAGAAGAACUUGUUGUAUCCCAUAGUGAUGCUGAUCCUGCUAACAGGAACGACAAUCUCAGUUCUUAUGGUAGCACUGAAUAUCCUCUACCUUCUUGUGGAUGAGACGGCCAUGCCCAAAGGAUCUACUGACCGAGGCAUUGGAAAUACUUCUCUGUCCACAUUUGGCGUGGCUCAGGCGGUGUUGGAGAUCAUCCUCAUGUUCUACUUGAUGGUGUCAUCUGUCGUUGGCUUCUACAGCCUGCGGGUCUUUGAGGGACUCACUCCCAGGAAGGAUGACACUACCAUGACAACGAUAAUUGGUUGCUGUGUGUCAAUCUUGGUCUUGAGUUCAGCCCUGCCAGUGAUGUCACGAACCUUAGGUAUCACCAGGUUUGACCUCUUGGGAGACUUUGGGAGAUUUAAUUGGCUGGGAAACUUUUACAUUGUCCUUUCAUACAACCUUCUGUUUGCGGUCGUGACAACGCUCUGUUUGGUGAGAAAAUUCACCUCAGCAGUACGAGAGGAACUCCUAAAGGCAUUAGGUCUGGAUAAAUUGCAACUGUCAAACAGCCCCACAGACCCUGAAUCUGGGAAACUCUCGGCCAACGGGCAUCAGAAAACUCUGUGAAAGGGACAAUAGAUCAACACACACACACACACACACACACACACACACACACACACACACACACACACACACACACACACACACACACACACACACACACACACA